GUGCAACGAAAUUUAUUAAUUAAAUUAAAAUUAUAUACACAAAAAUACAUACAUACUAUACAUAAGUGUAAAUAUACUUAGUCUGGCCGUAAAUACUUUUACAAUUAAAAAUAAAAAAAAAUCUAUUGCAAAUAAUAUUUAUUACUUUUACAGUGUGUUAGUUUAAUACAUAAAUAUAAAACAAUUUAAUGUAUAAAAAGCUUAUUCGAAGUGGUCUCCAUUGGCUGCAAUACAGUCCUUUAAACGUUGAGGCCAGUCAUCAAUAGAAGCACGCACUCUUUCCAUGGGAAAAUUUUUCACUGCCAAUCGUACGGAUUGUUUUAGGGACUCCAAAUUAUAAUGGCGUUUAGAGCAAGCCGUACUCUCUAAAACUGACCAUAAAUCAUAAUCCAGCGGAUUAAGAUCGGGACUAGACGACGGCAAGUCUUCAGCUCUGAUGAAGUCCGAAACGUUCGUUUCCAACCGAGACUGCGUAGACUGAGCUUUAUGACCUGGCACCGAGUCUUGCUGGAAGAACCAUUCUUGAUUAUUGAGCAUGGUGUUGUUAAGGGGCUUCACUACCUUCUCAAGAAUGGUAUCUUGAUACACUUGUGCCGAUGUUUUGAUACAUUUUUCACAAAAGUAUGGCUCAGUCACUCCUUCAUAGCUAAUACCCCACCAAACCAUCACUGAAGUCAGAUAGUGCCCACGUUGCACUCUGUCGACUAAUUGGGAAGCUUCCUUAGAGCUUUGAGCUUAAAUACGGUCACUUUGUUUGUUAAAAUGUUGCUCAAUUGUAAAAAAAAUUUCAUCCGUAAACAAAAUUUUUCUAUGACCUCCCUUUGCGUACCGCUUCAGUAGUUGUUUCGAUUUUACCACACUAUUCUCUUUUAAAUUAUCAGUUAAAAAUGACCAGUACGUCUCUUAUAGGCUGCAAGUCCUAAGUCAUCUUUUAAAAUACGCGACAUGGUUCUAGGUGCUAUCUUCAUCUCUCGAGAUAAAACCUUUUGCUUUCGGACAGGAUUUCUUCGAAUUCUUUCCCUUACUGCUUUGACCACCUUUUUCGUACGAAUACUACGUGGACGGCCAGAUCUUUUUCUGUCACAAACACAGGAGAUCUCAUUGCACCUAUUAAUAGCCCGGUACACAAACAUUUUACUAAUACCAAGCGUGUGGAGAGUUUUAAAAAUUGCAUUUGGCUCCAUAUCUACUUCGUGAAAUGCAAUCACAGCGAUUCGGUUCUCUUUAUCACCCCACUCCAUUUUAAUAUCGCAAAAUAUUGUACAAUGUAUUGGCGCCAAAAUGAGAAAACUCAAUGAGCAAUCAUAUAAAAAUGACAGAUUCCAAAUUCAAAUGUAAUAUUUUGUUUAUUUUUAAUUGUAACAGUAUUUAUGGCCAGACUAAGUAUAUAUGUUAUUGUAUAAUAAAUACAUACAAACACAAAUACACAUGCACAUAUAAAUAUACCACUCUAAAAAAUUUACAUCUCUGUAUGAUUCUCUACUCUUUGCCAAUUACCAUACUCGAGCAGCUGAAACUGCCUGAAACACGUAGGUAUUUUAUUCUUGUGGUUAUUUUAGUUAAUUAAUCUGGUUGAAGCCACUUGAAGCACAGGGACAGGGUUGAAGUCAAUCCAUCCACAGCACAGGCAACGUACAUAGAUAAUACAGUUACACUCAAUAUUUAAGAACAGUUUCAGAUGGACAGCUUACCAGAGAACAGUACUAAUGGUGGAAGUCAGUUAGAGACUUCUGAUUAUUUGCAUGGUGUAAAAUCUUCAACAUGUUUGUUGCUCCCAACAACACCAAGUCCAACUACUUUGGAUUUUCAGCAUCCUUUAUCUGAAGAACUUAUUGAGCAGCCCUUCCUUACAUUAAAUGGAGAUAAUAUUGAUAUUGCUGACACCCAAAAUGAUGCUACAGCAGGUGAUUCAAGUUCUUCGGCAGAUUCUAACUCAGUUGUCCAGGAUCCAGUUAGUGCACAAUUGAUAAACAAUAUUAGUAUGUUAGAUUAUCAAACACUGAGUAAGAAUGGGGAUCUUAUUAUUGGACAGGCAGAAGAUGUUAAACUGAAUGGGAAUUUGAAAAUUAAUAAUAGGAAACUGCCAAGCUUUGUGAACUGGAACUGGGUUGUUAUACGAAAGAUUUUACUGUGGGUAGUACUGUCUGGGCUCAUUGCUUGUCUUGCAGCUAUCAUUGGUAUGAUAAUAACUAUUCCUAAAGAAUGUAAUAUUGACCUACCAUGGUAUCAAGGAAAGGUUUUUUACGAAGUAUUUCCUGCCAGUUUUAAAGAUUCCAAUAAUGAUGGCACAGGUGAUUUUAAAGGCCUGAUAACUAAACUUGAUUAUAUACAAAAUUUAGGUGUUGCUGCUAUUCGACUUAAUUAUAUAUUUCAAGCUGAUCAUUAUCCUGAAGAUUACAAUAAUGUAACUUCUAUGUUGGACAUAGACAGGAGCUUAGGCGUACUUAAAGACUUACAGGAUCUAAUAUUUAAUAUACAUAAAAGGAACAUGUCAGUCAUACUUGAUUUACCAGUAAUUUCAAUGGCUCUUCCAAGUCUCAUUUUUAACUCCACUUCAUCUAUUAUCAUAGCAAAUAAUACUGAAGUUAACUAUUUGGAUCCAACAACUGUUGCUAUAAUUCAUUGGUCUCAAGCACAAGGAGUUGAUGGAUUUUAUUUAAAAAAAUUGGAAAAUUUUGUGAACGAACCAUAUUUUGGUAGAACUCUUCAGAUUUGGAAACAAAUUAUAGGAUUCAAUAAAAUUUUGAUUGCGAGCGAAUUGGCUUAUAGUAAAGCUACAGGUGAUGCUUUGAAUAUUCUUUUGUCAAGAAUUGAUCUCAUAGAUGUUCACAUAGAUUUAGAAGAAGAAACUGCUGGUAUUUGUGAUAAAAUCAAGAAGGUUGUGGAUGGACAAUUAUGGUCUAAGCCUCAUUAUCCUUGGGUACAUUGGAAUAUUGGUAAUGUGAACAGUGAAAGAAUAGCGACAAAACAUAUUAAUAAUACUUUAGCUUUGACAGUUUUAGAAUUCGUUCUUCCAGGAACUGUAAGUAUAUUCUACGGAGAUGAGAUAGGAUUGGGCGGUAUACCAGAUGAUGUUGAAGAAGAUUUCCAUGAACACAAAGAUAUUCAUAACUUAGUCCAAAUGGCUUUUGCUGAUAGUGAGGUGACCCCUACUAAUGUUGAAAUUCUACCAUGGAACCUAAAGUCUGUACUAAAGCCAAAUUAUGAUUUUCUUAAUGUCAUUAAAAACUUGAUUAAGGUAAGAGUGACUACUCCUACAAUUUACUUAAGAGCAAUUUUCAAGGAGGGCGUUAUGCAACCUAAUGUAGAAAUACGUCAAACGGAAGAAGAUUUGAUUGUGAUUGAGCGUUGGUACCCUCGUAGAAAUGCCUGCGUUUUUGUCGGUAAUCUAGGCAGUAAGACUAUAACAGCCGAUUUAUCUACAAUGUUCUAUGGUGGGAAAGUUAUUGCUGGCACUAAUUCUUCAUUAAUUGGUCAAGUAUUGUAUUUUGAGAAAGUGACUUUCUCGCCCAAUUCAGCAAUAAUAGUUAAAAUGGAGAAAUAAAGCCAUUCGAACGAAUUUGUAGGGAUAACAUCCUAACCAAUUCUUUAGGGCGAUGAUUACUUAUGUCAUUUUUUUUUUAAGUAUUGAAUUUGAUUAAUCUCAACUUUUAUUUAUGACUGACCAUAGAUCUGAUAAGUAUUAUUUUUUGUUUUGUUUUAAAAUUUUACUAAUGUUACUAACAUUAAAAUAACGAAUAAUACAAUCGUUUUCCUUUGAAUUUUUAUAUUUUAGUAUUGAAUAAUAUUAAGUAAUUAUUAAUAUUAAUAAAUAUUUGUACAAUUCUCAGUUCCUUAGAAAUACCAAAGAUGGUUAAAACAUUUUAUUGUUUGUUAAAAAGUAUUAUCAUAUAUUUGUACAUAAUUAUGUACAUAGUAUAUCUCGUAUAUAUAAAAUAAAAAUUUGAUGAAAAA